UUUAGUUCGUAGAAAUCCGUUGAUAAAUUAAAUGCUCGAUCAACAACGUGUAUUGCUAGUUAAGCAGCUAGCUAGCUAGCUCGCUCGUUGAUUCUCUACGUUCUCACUUUCGAUCUAGAAAUACGAUUUUACCUAACGUGAAAAGUAGAGAAAAAGAAAGAGACAGAGAGAGAGAAAGAGAGAGAGAGGGAGGGAGAGAGAGAGAGAGAGAGAGAGAGAGAGAGAGAGAGAGAGAGCAUCCGUGUCGCCGCCGUAGCGGAAAAACAAGUAGCGCGGGAUCGAGCGUUGUGUGUUUGUAGGGUCAUCGGUUAAUCAGAUUCAGGGAGGCCUUAGAAGGUAACGCGCGAGAGAACAAGUACCAAGUGAAACGUCAAUCUACGAACGAUAACGAUCGAGUAUUAACCUAUCUCUUCUUCUUCUUCUUCUUUUUCUACUACUACUUUUUAUUUUGUUUAUUUUCUAUAUUCGAUAUAGGACAUAUAGAUUUUCUACAAUUAUUUAUUUAUAUAUUUUACUUUUCUUUUACUUUCUUUUUUAUUUUUUUAUUUUUUUCUUUUUUUCUUUUUGGAAAAACUUCAUUUCCAUUUUUAAGUAUAUCGUCUUGUAUGCGCGUGACGAGUAACGAGUUACCGCGGUACAUCUUUCAAAGAUCAACGUAGUACAAAAGAGAGAGAGAGAGAGAAAGAGAGAGGGAGCGCGCACGCUAUUCGACUGAAUCUCGUUUAUAUUCUUACGUGCCGAAACCAAAAACGACAGGGAGAAAGAGAGAGAGAGAGGGGGAGUGAGAAGGGGUGAGAGAGAGAGAGAGAGAGAGACACGCAUAAAGGAUGAAUCACCAGGAACAAGCUCACGAUGCUAAACAGCAAAUCGCUACGAGUCCCGAGGACACGGAGGAUAUGCCUGCCGGUCAACAAGGACCACAAGUACCAAGACGUCGUGGUGGUAUCUCGGCAGAGCCGGUAUCAGAAGAAGAUGCUACUAGUUAUGUUAAAAAAGUCGUACCGAAGGAUUACAAAACGAUGGCUGCUUUGAGCAAAGCUAUUGCUAAGAAUGUUCUCUUUGCUCAUCUUGAUGAAAAUGAACGAUCUGAUAUAUUCGACGCUAUGUUUCCCGUUACCUUUUUACCUGGAGAAGCGAUAAUACGUCAAGGUGACGAAGGUGACAACUUUUACGUAAUUGACCAAGGCGAAGUAGAGAUAUUCGUUAAUGGUGAAUUAGUAACGACAAUUGGAGAAGGUGGAAGUUUUGGUGAACUUGCAUUAAUCUAUGGGACUCCACGUGCCGCUACAGUUAGAGCAAAAACUGACGUUAAAUUAUGGGGUAUAGAUAGGGAUUCCUAUCGUCGUAUUUUAAUGGGUUCGACGAUAAGGAAACGAAAAAUGUAUGAGGAAUUUCUUUCUAGAGUCUCGAUCUUAGAAUCUUUAGACAAAUGGGAAAGACUCACGGUGGCCGAUGCCUUAGAACCAGUUGCGUUUGAUGACGGAGAAAUGAUAGUAAGACAGGGUGAACCUGGUGAAGAUUUUUAUAUCAUUGUUGAGGGAACUGCUGUAGUCUUACAACAACGCUCGGAAGGAGCGGAACCCCCUGAACCCGCAGAAGUGGGUCGUCUGGGUCCGUCCGAUUAUUUUGGGGAAAUAGCAUUAUUACUGGAUCGACCAAGAGCAGCAACGGUUGUAGCUAGGGGUCCCUUAAAAUGCGUCAAAUUAGACAGAGCCAGAUUUGAACGUGUCUUAGGGCCGUGUGCUGACAUUUUGAAACGCAACAUUACUCAGUAUAACAGUUUUGUAUCCCUUUCGGUAUAAAUUCAAUCUGCAAGAAAAAAACCAUACAGAUCAUAUCGAUUCCAAUUUUUCAGACACUAUGCUUCAACAACAACAACAACAACAACAACAACAAACAUAAUGUUGACAUUUUUUCUAUUUCGUUAAUGCUUCAUUUGUUAAAAUGCAUAAUAUAUGUCGAGUAUUAUUAAUAUACAUAAAUAUUGUAUAUCAUUAGGAAAAGAAAAACAACAAAAAGAAAAAAAACCUUAAUAUAUAAGAUUAUUAUAACGCACUAUAUAGUAGUUAGCGACUCAUCAACGCGUAAUCAUCUGGUUAUCUCAUGUAAACUGUGUUCCUACAAAGUGCUCAUGUUUUUUUUUUUUUUUAACUGUUGUCAAAAAAUCUCUAUAUUACUGUUUAUUGUUUUCAUUUGAAAAUUUGUAUUCUAUGAUAAGCAUACGUUAUAUUUAUACGUACGUCUCCAUACAGUAUUAUUACUUUUGUAAUAUCAUAAAUUUUGAUGGAUAAUGUUUUGUAACAAUGUCGCUGGUCGACAGUGGUAAAAAUGUUAUAGUAUUCAAAUGACUAUAUAGAAUUCGUCAAUGGUGUAUGUGUUAAAUGAUAGAUAAUUUCAACAUAUUCUUUUUCGAUUUAAAUAUUCUUCAUUGCACUGCAUUAAUAUAAUAUUUCCAUAAAUAUAUGAAGACAUAUAAAUAUGCUGAUUUAUUAUUUAUUAUAACAGGAUUGAUGAGUGAUUAAACGAGUCGCGAUCUAUGAUUGAAAGUGCGUUUAUUAGAUUUGAUUUAUCAAUAACACAAAAUGUUCGGAAAAUUAAAUAAUUUAUUAUGCACAACAUUA